GCUAUCUAUCACAGCUUGACAGUUCGAUUAAAUUUAUUUUUUCUCUCUCCUCUGAUCGGCCAACAUGAUCCGCAAACCGAACUAGGAAAUCUCACUCGGGCUGAGGGCCACAUUGGACGUACCCUUUGUUUUUUUUUGUUCAUGCCGGGAUUUUCAGAGUGUAACUUUCCGUCUUGUCGCAAUGCCACAACAAUAUUUCCAGUUAACUACGGUAGAUGGAUUUUUCUUUUCUAUUUUACAGUAAAUGCAUGCGAAAUAUGUGGAGUUGACUACCGAUUACCGAUGGACAAAGUUUAAAUAUGGGACGAACUGGGUUAUUCGUUAAGUGGGGGACAAAGUUACCCGUAGUCCCGGACCAAAGUGGGCGAGCCACCCCAGAAACGCAAGGGUUUGACUUCAACUGGAAAUUUUGAUCUCGC